AUGAGUGUUAAUGAUAUCCUUAUCCUGGUUGGUGCUGUUGUUUUAACGUUUCUUCAGAUCAUAUUGAGCAACGCUAUCGCAGCACUUGUUUUUGCUCAUAGGAGAUACCCUGAUUUAACGGCAAUCACAGUGGUCUUACUUGGUAGUUAUGCGACGUACAGGAUAUUAAAGAAAUCUGCCAAGAUGUGGAUUAAUUUCAUAUUCACCCUAAUCAAACUAGUUGUGGUAUUAACCAUUGUUCUCUCCGGAGUUAUGAUUUAUUUUCGUGGGUGGAAAUUUUACGAGCAAGAUAUUCUGUUUAUUUACCAUGCGUUCCAAGGGAUAUUAAAUCUUAGUGGGUUCAUGAACGAGACCCAAAUUGAGAACUUCGUUUCCCAAAUAGGAAUUGCGUUUUCCAAAUUAAACCUGCAGGAAAGUGCAGAACCAAAUGAAUUUGCAGAGUUUGUCAAUUAUAUCAAGCUGAAUUUCGACUUUAAGGACAUGGGUGCAAACUACGACUAUAUAAAUGAGUUGGCAGGCCAAGGGGCCGAAUACUUGGAUAAGGUAGACUUGAAAGAUUUUGCCGAGGGGCUUUUUGGGCAUGUGAACCAGAAUUAG